AUGGGCGCAGAAGUGUCUACAUACGAAGGCCCCCCGGGAAUCCUGGAGGCAAGAGAUCUGCCUUCUGUAGCACGGUACAUGCGAUCGAAGGAAUGCAAGAACGUCUUUGUCAUGGUGAGAUGCUGCGUGAGCACGUCCGCCGGCAUCCCCGACUUCAGAUCGCCAGAGACAGGCCUGUAUGCGAACCUCGCACGGCUGAAUCUUCCGUACCCGGAGGCAGUCUUUGAUAUCUCCUUCUUCCGAGAGAAUCCUAAACCUUUUUAUACCCUCGCCUAUGAACUCCUCCCGGGACGAUUCCGCCCGACGGCCACGCACUCAUUUGUCCGCCUCCUCGCCGACAAAAGUCUCCUCCACACAUGCUUCACCCAGAACAUAGACACUCUCGAGCGGCGAGCCGGCGUGCCCGCACAUAAAAUCGUCGAAGCGCACGGGAGCUUCGCUAGCCAACGGUGCAUAGAGUGCAGGACGCCGCUUGAUGGCGACGUAAUGCGGCGAUGCCUCAAGAGAAAAAUCACCGCGCGAUGCCCUGAAUGCGAGGGGCUCGUCAAGCCCGACAUCGUCUUCUUCGGGGAGGCGUUGCCCGAACGCUUCCACCAAUCUGUUCCGCUCCUCAGCAGCGCGGACCUCCUAUUUGUCAUUGGCACCUCGCUCAAGGUUCAGCCAUUUGCGUCCCUGGCAUCCCUGGUCCCUCCGCACUGCCCGCGUGUGCUCAUCAACCGUGAGCUCGUUGGCGAUUUCACUAGCCGGCCAGACGACGUCGUCUCUCUGGGUAAGUGCGAUGAUGUCGUCAGGUCUCUCUGCAAGGAGCUCGGCUGGGAGGAGGACCUGGAUGGCGCGUGGAAAGCUACGGAGGGUAGUGUAGUAGAUUUCGGCGAGGAGCAACCGGAUACAGGAGAAACAGAACAGGAGAGGCUGGAGAAAGAAGUCGAGGGUAUACGCGUCAAGCUCUCAAAAUUGCUGGGCGCUAGACAGGCGGCGCAGGUGGCCACUGAGGAGCCACAGCCGGAGACGGGAUCACCAGUUACAACUGGAGACGAGGUUCCCGUGAUAGAGGAUCAGGCCCAGGAUUCAGAGGAGGUAGAGACGGCAAAGGAAGCAGAGACAGCAAAUGAGGCAGAGACGGCAACGGCAAAGGAGGUAAAGACGGCGACAAUCGUGGGCGACAAUCCGGUCGAAGACACCGUGCAGCAGGAUAGCGACGCAACUACCUCUGACCACAAUACUACGAAUGAUCAUCCGAAGGAGAAGCUGUAA